UUUGUUCCCUGAGGUUCCGUUCCAGGACAAUGAAAUAACUUGUUGCACCAAACACCCAAUCAGAUGGUGGCUUGUCCUAUAUAAGACCUGCACUAGACUCGUUGAACUUGAAGAGCAAGAGACCAGUUGGGCAUGCUGUUAGAGGGCUACGUCUGUACUCACAGAAUUGGAGUUACAUCAAGGUAACUAUUAUUUUAUAUGAGUACAGUUCUCUGCCCUUUGAAAGUGUUUGCUCUUGGUGGAAAACCAUGGCCAAAGGCUGUUAAGAAAGUAGUGACAGGGCCUGACAAUGAAACCACAAAUUCCAGCCCAACUUCUUAUUGAGUGAAAAUUCUGUUUUGGUAGUAGGGGACCAACCAAGAGGGACUCUAACAACCCACAACAUCUCAAAGUUAAAAUAGACAACAGUGUCCCAGGUACCCUUCCUCUUUCAACUUGCAGCACAAGCCAGUUACAGGCCAUGCAGUGCUCCUCUCUCUACAGCGCUAAUCACUGGAAAAACAAAAGACCUCAAGGUCAUAAUCGUUAGAUACAACUGCACAAAAGUGAAGUCAGAUUUCACUGGGGUACCAAGCAAUAGACAGUAGGCUUCAGCCUCCAAAGCACCUCUUAAUAACCAUUUAAUUAGCAGAUGGCUCCUCACUGUAAAGCAUUCAUAGCCUUCGUGGCCAGCUGCAAUUGCCACCACAAAUACAUCUAACGUGGGGAAACACAACCUUUCUAAAGCACUUCCUCAAGAGGUGUGCUCGAUAUAUGGAGUCUAUAAUGCACUAAGAGCUUAAAAUCAAUUCUACAGGUAGCUACUGACAGGAUGCAAUAAUUUGAGUGUUCGCUUUAUACCAAAUACAUGUUUAGCUGAUGCAUCUGAACAAGCAAGAGGCAAUAAUGGGUUUUUUGCUAAUAUCAGAACACGGAGCAUUAUAGUCCGCUAGGCGGAAUAUGAUAAAUACAUAGAUAACAGGUUCCAUGUUUUAGCAAAGAUAUUAUUGCUUUAAUCUUGAACACAACUGCAUCACUUUUUUUAACAUGCUUGUCUAGACAGAGGCUACUGUAAAAAGCCAGGUUUUCUGCAGUAUUUGAUGUGUGUGAGUUAAUCAAUGUAAUUAAUGAAUCUGCAUUUUCUUAAUAAAUGACAAAUAUUUCAGUUUGCAUCUAGCUGCAGGAAAUAUUGAGCCAUCCACUUCUGAAUGUCUCGGAGAUGGUUAUGAUGACAGUCAAAUCCCUGUGGGUUUUGAGAAUUGCAUAAUAGCUGGAGCUGCAUAUCAUCUGCAUAAGAAGAAGAACACUGAUGGUAUGUCUAUGCAAUACAUGGCCUAAAGAUGACAUAUAAAUAGAGAACAGAUCUGGACCUAGAUAUGACCCCUGGGGAACUCCACAAAGCAUCCAACAGGAGAAGGGUUUCUUCACAAAAUUUAAAUACUAUUCUUAACCCUAAACCUUUUCAAAGUAAUUGACGUGUCCACCCAAUGCUUAAGAAGGAUUGCAUGUUUAACUGCCAAAUGCAGUACCAAGGUCAACAAAUCUGAUCAAAAAAUAGCAAUAGCAAGUAAUUAAUUACGUUAAGUAAGUUAAGUUGCAUUGUUAAUAAUAAUUUUCAUUCAUAGAAGCAAUCUGCAAUAAACAGAAGCGUGACAAGAAUAGGGAGACUGGUCUAUGAAUGUUCAAGAUAUUUGCAUCUCACAGCUGGUUCAAGGAAUGUUGGACAUUGGCCUUUUAUCUAUACAUGCUCUAUCUAGGCCUUUACACUGUACAUUCAUCACUGUACGAGUAAAGGAACCAUGAACCAUGAAGAAAACAAACAAAUAGUAAAACAUCAAAAGCCAAUGACAAUCCGUAUAACUGACAAUGAUCCGUACUGAAUUGAGGUACGUAAAAUUUAUGCAUAUGUAGGUCAACCCCAAGGAGGUAUCAACAAAGCCUAAACACAUAUAGAUGCAUAGUUGAAUUUUAAAGCAGGAUUUAUCAGCCUAAUCUAAUCACAAGGACUUCAAAAGGACAUUCUGACAGGUUUGUAAAAAUAUUCUGACAGAUUCUGAAAAACUUUGUGAUCACUUAGUUAACUAUACACAGCUCCAAGCAUCCCUUCAUUUUACUCCACUUCUCUUCAUCCUUCAGCAGUAUGCCUAAAGUCUUUCUUAUUCUGUUUGUGCAAUUGGUUUCAUUUUAUCUGUGUUUUCAAUGCACAAUGGCAGAUACUGAUUGUUGCCUGUUUGCCACUCGUGGGGAGUAACACAGACAGAUAUGUAAGGUGAAUUAUACUCCUCUAUCAAAGCAAGAACCAUUACACCUAAUCUUUGAUCACAUGUGUACCAUCAAUUAUACAUCUGACCCCUGCACCAACUGGGUAUUUCUAAAGGUUUAACACAUUGAUCACCUUUAGACUCUUGAUAAAUAUUCUGUGAAAGAUACAUGUGGGAUUCGUCAUUUCUGCCCACCCACUUGACCUUUGUGCAUCUUGGUUUUUGCUUAAGUGCUAAACUGAACUGCUGCACCUUUAAAAUGACAAAAUAUAACAGAAAUAAUGCCACAAAUGGUUUGAAAAAAAUACCAACAAUUUCAAAGUCAUUAUAGUUAAUCAAGUUAGCCUUGCUUUCAUCUCAUUUCCAAACUUACAUACAUAAAAGACUGAUGUCAGCAGGAGAAUCCAUACAUCACAGCAGAAAAUAGGAUAUUAUAUCACAAUAUGUAAUUAGAAUACUGAAUGUAUAGCCUACUUAUGCAUCUUUCACUAACUAAAUUUUGCACUUUUCCCCUCUAUAUUUUUUUAAAUAAUUUUUGAUAACUGCAUCUACGUCAUGUGGUUCAUUAAUUUUCUGUUCUUAAUGUUUGUUCUCAAUUAACUGUCUGUGUUUUGUUUAGACAAGACAAUUAUUUCACAUUCCACAUUCUGGACAAUAAAGUUCAAAACUAAGUAACUUACUAACUUACAAUAAAAAAUAUAUAUUACAGUGUUCCUAAUAUUGACACAGGCGUGUCAAUAUUAGGAAUAUUAGGCGUCUCAAUGGUGAUGGUGAAGUGAGUCCUUAUUAGAGCUGACUAAAUGUGUGUGCUAAUAUUGUAGCAACACAUGAGCUGUACCAUCUCUAGUGAGUUACAAAUGUGGUAAACCUGCACAUGGUUUUGGGGAGAGAAAAACCAAACACAAUUAUCCUCCUUAGGCACUAGAUUCUAAACUUGUUAGACAAAUCUAUUAAACACCAUAAAUUACGAUAUAAGUUGCUUGACUGUUGGGACUCUGAAUGGGUGAUCUCCUGUCUUCCACAUGCCUUACGGUACAUCUGUACCUGAGCCUGCACUGCCAUCUGCUGCUGUCUGGUAUGAAACACACACCAGAAGGUCUACAGAGUGGAUGGGGUUGAUAGGUCAUGUGUUGCAUUUAAGUGCUCAUCGUAAAUACCUAAUUUGUUUAUGCAAGUUGUGUAUUCAAGGCCUUUGCUUAGGAAUAAUUUAUGAAUCCUGUAGAAAUUACUUUUGGUGGAUGUUUUCUGUUUUAGAAAUCAAACAGCACAAAGCUAGUUUGUCUUAUAGCAAAGAAAUGAACAGAAAGACUUGCACAUCAUUAAUCUCUUACUUUAAAAAUAAAUAAAACUAAGCUUUACUGCAAGUACUUCACCCUCAUAACCCUCAAUCAGCAAAGCACUGAUUGGCUCGACACCGAACACUUCUCAAUAAACCACCCAUAAUACACAGUAACACAGUGAGCUGCCUUAACUUAAAACAGGUAUUGUUUUGCCCAGCAGUCUCUGGGCAAAAGCAUCCAUGCCUUUAUUAAAAUUCAGGGCUCUGGCUCACUUUCCAGCUUCAGCUUGUUGCUGCAAUGACCCUAUUUCAUGGCAAAACAUAAAAAAAGGCAAUACAUUUUUAGAGAUAAACUUUUUGGUCUUGUGGCACCUCCCAGAGAGAAAAUACCCCCUGAUUUAGCCUGGUCUGUGUAUGUGAACGUGUGCACCAAUAACAUUGGGUACAAUAACACAAAGCUAAAAAGCUUGGUUCAUCAUGUUGUUAAACAAAUUUUGGAACCUUUACAGAACCUUGGCUGAAUGGGGUUGGCAUUCAUAGAAAGAUGCGUCUUGACCCAAGAAAUCAAAGGAAAAAGGUGGCCUUAAGUAAAGGUGGUGAGUUGAUGCUGAUUGUUGCACAUAAAUAGUAGGCAACCCCAUCUAUCUGCUAAAUUCGGUUGCUGUAGGUGUUGUAGUUUCUGAAAUCCAGAUACCUUUAGGGCAUAAUAAUAAUAAUAAUAAUAAUAAGAAGAAGAAGAAGAAGAAGAAGAAGAAGAAGAAGAAGAAUGCGUACACUAGGCCAUGUGAUUCCCUCUUCGGGGAUUUGUAGUCAAUAUUUCAAACAGCCCUUGAAGGCAGCUGGUCUAAUCUGGUCUAAUCUGGGCAGCAACGUCACCAGAUGAGAGAUGACAUCUGUGGAUACUAGCUUUACUGUUCAAGUGAAAUAAACACACGGCUCAUUUUCUGAGACAAAAUGUCCAUAACAACUUGCCAGAAGGUUACUCUGAUAUCAUGCUCUGUUCUCUGUGUUUCUCUCUUCCUGCCCAGAAUGCUUUUACCCAGAGGGAGGAAGGAGAUGGGGCAGCCUGAGGUUGGACCAGGGUUCUACCCUCCUGUGAUGCAUCAGCUGUCAUUGCCAGCGGACCCAGAACAGUGGGGUGUGGACCCUUCGUACUCCAUGACACACAGUGCUGAGUCCAUGGCCAAAAUAAAAGGCAUCGGACGAGGCAAAAAAUACAACUUGAUGGCUCAAGCAAUUCCCAUAUAUGGCUUUGGGAUCCUUCUUUAUAUCUUCUAUAUAAUAUAUAAGCUGACAUGUAAGGGGAAGACUACUAAACCAGGAAACUACACUACAGUAACCAAGGCAAAAAUGGAGAAUAAGAUUAUAAUAACCGAUCAUGAGUUUGCCAGGCUUCAGGAGCGACUACUGCGAACAGAAAAGAUGAUGGAGAGGAUUGUCUCUGGGAAGAGUCGUGGUUCUGGGAGUGGCAGAAGGAGGAAGAGUAAAACUACAACAUCAAAGAAGGAGGAGAAAUUACUCAGGCAACUUAGACAGAUCACACAGCUGAUGCAAGAGAGCCGGUUGGAGGGAGCCUCCCCAGAGAUGGAGGCUGAGGAGGUCCCCUACAGUGCAGACUGGGAGGGCUACCCAGAGGAGACCUACCCAGUGUAUGAUGAUUCCUAUGACAGACUUAGAUUUGACACCAUUAUGCUGGAGGUACCUCCCAACCAGCCCACCGCCGAGGCCCUGGCAGAGAGGAUGGAGCAAGAGGAGGAAGAGAUUAUGGCCAGGAAACUAUCCAUAGUACAAGAGGAGGAUGAAGAGGAAGAGGAGGAGGAGGAGGAGGAGGAGGACGGAGAGGAAGAGGAGGAGGAAGAUGAGGAUAAAGAGGAAGAAGUGGAGGAAGUAGAGGAAGACAUAGAGGAGGAGGAGGAAGCAGAGAAAAGGCUGUUGCUCAGCCUUCCUUCAUCCCAGCCUACUGCGGAAAGAAAGCCGGAGAGACUUGGUUUGGAGGUGAGCAAAGAGCUACAGUGUCACAAUGGACAGAAGAAGCAAAUAAGCUUUAGUGACCACAGAGAUGUGUUCCACUACCCUAAAGAGGCUACUUACGAAGAGGAGGAAGAAGAGAAGGAAGAUGAGGUGGAGGAAGAGGAUGAGGGCACAGAGGUGGAAGAGGAGGAGGAAGCUGAUGAAGAUGAUCCAGUGAUGGAGGCAGAGAGCCUGCAGUUCGGUUGUGAGGGUUGUCCCAACCCGGAGGAAGAAGCAGAGGAGGAUGACGAAGAGUAUUUGUUAAUGUCAGCGCCUGUGGAGGGUGACGGUCGUAUCCAUGCAAACAUGCCUAAAGAAGUCGGGGUGAGUGGGCUGAGGAUGCGGAACAGGAGGGAGACGUAAAGGACUUUUCCAAUUACCUAAAAUUUUUAAACAUACAGUGAACUCAAUGUUCCUUAUACUGUGCUUUGUUUAUUACUGAUCCCUUAUAUGUGUAAAACAUAGAACACAAGCUAAAUAGAGACAACGCUGUUCUGAAGUGAUACUUUUAUACAAAAAAGUCUCCUUUCACAACUUCAGUGUGGUAAGAGUUUCCGAUGCUUGUUAUGUAUAUUUACAUUUUACAGUUUCUUCUAUUUCUAUAUAUUUCUAUAGUUUCGAUUUGAUAUCAGUGAAAGGAAAGUUUUCAGAAGAUCAGGCUCAAGGAGCAUUUAAGCAGUUACAAUUGUAUUUUCCCACAUUUUCUUUUUCUGGUAUAACAGAUUUGGAACAUUAGCUUUUUGUGAUAUAUAUCAUGUUCAAUGACAGGCUGUUCUUUAAAGGCCCUGCACACCCAUGAUUCACCCAUGCAAGUGUUUUCACUGAAUUACCUCUUUUUAGGCCAGUCACAAUGUGUACAAAAUGUGUUUGAUUCACAUCUCACCCUCUCUCUCUAAUUGGACCUGUCAAGGUGGGGUAACUUGCACUUUAUCAUUCUUAUUGGUAUGUUGAGAUUGAUGACCUCACGUAAUUCCUGGUAUAGGUCCAAUUAGUCAGGUUAAUUAAAAACACCUGUGUGGGCGUGCAAAACUUAAAAAUUAUUAUAAAGUUAGAGACUUUUUUUUAAUCAAGAAAGGCUUUACAGUCUCUAAAUGAAGUAAUGUGGACCCACAGAACGUUUGCAUUAUUUAUCAUCAAAUUAAACAUGUGAAGUAGUUUAUGAGUGUGCAGCACCUGACACUAUCAUGCAAUAUGGUGGUUGGCUCCACCUGGUGGUCCAAUAUGGUUCUAUUCUUGGGGAUGCUCCCUGUUACAGUAAUGCAGCAUAACAGCUUAUAAUGCGCAGCAACAUGAUAAACAACAUCCAGGGAGCAUUGCAGAUAACCCCCCCAGCAAGAAUUCUCAUAAGAGCCUUCCAGCGUGCACACAGAGUAGAAGCAAAGCAGGUGGAGGCUGCGGUGGAGGAGGCUUUUGGAAAUUGGUAGCAGCAGUAAAUAGCAGCAAAGCUCCUGUGAAUAUACAGAGUAAAUGUGAACAUGAAGAUUUAUAAAUACGAAUCCAUGAAGAAACAUGGGAAGGUAGUCGACGAUAGAUCUUGGCUGCCACAGCAGCACAACUUCUGCUUCAGGUGCCCUGCCAACAUUAAGUCAUUAGCUGCUUUUCGCAUUGCUGCCUCUAGUGAUUGAUGUGAUUAAGUUACACUUUAUUAAACGCUGUAGGGAAAUCCGUCUUCUGCACUUGAUCCAUUCUAACUGUUUAGGAGCAGCGAAUUGCCACAGCAAGGGCCAGGGACUAAUGCCAGUAGUCGGGCAACGCCAUGCCAUGGUCAAAGGCAAUGAAGUGUUUCAAUAUUACUGGAAAACUAAAAUAUUACACUUGUGUCAUGUGUCAGACAAGUGUAAUGACAUUAUGACAGACAGAACACUCAAUCUUUCAAUAGAAUUUGAAGGUGAUGUUAAAGGAUUGUUACAAUCAACAUAGAGCAAAAAAGCCAUGCAUUUUAGUUUUCAGUUUAUAGGAAAACACUUUAACAUUUGUCACUUCAUUAAAACAGUUUGUCAGCACCGGUAGCACACAUCUUUCUCAACAGCCUCAAUAAUCUUGCAGCUGACAUCAAACAUGCCCCUUUGACCAAGAGACUCUAUUCUCACUGUGGACAUUUUUACUUGUCAUACACAGGUGUAACUAAUAAAAACAAUGGCUGAAAACCAUCAAGGUAUUCCAGUUCCAGAGCCUUUUGUGCAUGUUGUCUCGCUGGCUUGACUUGACCUUAACAGGUGCAGCCAUAAUUAAUAAUAUUAGUUACACCUGUUCUUCUUCUGAUAUGACAAGUCAAAAAGUCAGCUGUAAGAAAGGUCUAUUUUAAUUACUUUCUUCUGACAUUUGUAAGAAACAUUACAUUGACAUUUUGAUAUUAUUUGGAACUAUAUAUCCUAUACUAUAUAGCACUUUUUAGUUUAAAAAUGUAGGGUUACAGCUGUUAAAAAUCCUUGACAUCUAUUUUUCUAUAUUUGAACAUGAGCAGUGUGUCAUGAAUGUGUAUCAACGUGUGUUAGUGUAAAACAAAAUCAAAUGUUUAAGACCAGCACCUUUUCUGGUUGUGACUCACAAAGUAAAUUCAAAAACAUAGUUUUUUCCAAGUUGUAGUUCAUCAAAGAUAGACAUAAAGUCCAUAGUCCAUACAACUGAGUCUGAAGCAGAAUCUUUAGUCUCAGAGGAAUAGAGAUAUUGAUAAGUGGAUGUAAUGUUAAGAUCAAGCAGCAACACCCAUGGCCAGAGGUCUGUCUCUGAUCAUACAAAAAGGCAAAGCAUUGUCAAGGUUCAGCAAAAGAAAAGAAAGACAGAAAAAAGAAAAUCAUGAGUAAUGCAGCUUUAGCCAGUCACAAAAGGAUGUAACAUCUGUCUGUUUUCAAUGCUUGAUUAUCAUCCCAGACAUCUCUGUAAUGUUAGAACUAUUUUGUCUUGAGAGUGCCAGUUUAGUACUAAACAAUGACUCCUGUUUGCACAUCACACUGCCACCCCUAAAGUAUUAGCUAGUAGGCACCAUUGUAGGCAAGCCAGUUACUCCAAAGUAUUGUACUUUAAUAGCCAAGCAACCUUUUUUUGGUCACGCUGUUGUAAAAAAUAGCAGACUCACACAAUAAAGACAGCAUGCUUGUCAACUUCAAAUCAA